AUUGUACCGACAAUACUUCAAGACGGAAACAUGUGCGUGCAAACGACAAACUUGUAUUGUGAAACAGAUGAAGAUUGCGUCGAAAUGAAUGGUGCCUGCCUUGGCGGUCAAGGUCAAUGCAGCGCCAAGUACGUGAUGCAGGAGGCAAAAUGUCUGCCAACAGAAUUGACGGGACGAUGCAGCAUAAAUUCAGACUGCGCUGCAGUGAAAUUUGCGGUAUGUUUAGAAGACGAAUGCACUUGCAGUGAAGGAUUCUUUACUGUCAAUGCAACAACUUGCGUAAAAGCUCUCGGUAAGAGCUGCAUUAGCGAUAAAGAUUGUGCCGUUAGAUUCUCUGGUUGUCAUGAUAAAAAGUGUCAAUGCAAUCACGGCUACACGCAGAUGACCGAGAGACAAUGCAGUGCAUGGGAACUAGGGACGACUUGUUUUGACAACAGCACUUGCAAUCUAAUGAAAAACGCACAUUGCUUUGAGAGUCAAUGUAGUUGCAAGGAUAACCAUAUUGAAAUGAAUGCAUUCACAUGUGCUCCGUUGCUCAACGCCUUCUGCUCCGAUGAACUGAAGUGCGCUUCCAAGAACUCGGUCUGCACUGAUGAUAAGUGUCAAUGCGAGUUCGGUUACUUCCCGAAGUCCAACUACGAGUGUGUCUUAAGGUACCUGGAACAGCGAUGCAGAAUUGACGAGCACUGCGUUGAUAUCCCCUAUGCAAAGUGUUCUGACGCUGGAAAAUGCAUCUGCCAUAAGAAUUACGUGCUAACUAGCCCAACAACUUGUUCGCCAACUUUGGGAGGUUACUGCGCAAGCAACAGGGAGUGUUUCCUUGUCAAUGCAGAGUGUUUCAGGGAUCAAUGUCGCUGUUCUCCAGGAUACAUGCAGCACUCUGAUGACCUCUGCUUACCUGGUAAGUACCUGGGACUGAUCAAGAUUGUGCAUUGA